AUGAGGAGACUUGGGACUUGCCUGGCGACUUUGGCCGGACUUUUGCUAACUGCGGCAGGGGAGACAUUUUCAGGGGGUUGCCUCUUUGACGAGCCGUAUAGCGCAUGCGGAUAUAGUCAGGCCGAAGAUGAUGACUUCAACUGGGAGCAGGUGAACACCUUGACCAAACCAGCUUCGGAUCCGUGGAUGCCAUCAGGGUCUUUCAUGUUGGUGAACACGUCUGGGAGACCUGAGGGGCAGCGGGCUCACCUUCUCUUACCUCAGCUUAAAGAAAAUGACACCCACUGCAUUGAUUUUCACUAUUUUGUAUCCAGCAAGAGUAAUGCUGCUCCUGGGUUACUCAAUGUCUACGUGAAGGUCAACAACGGGCCUUUGGGCAAUCCUAUCUGGAAUAUAUCUGGAGACCCUACCCGCACAUGGAACAGGGCAGAACUGGCCAUUAGUACUUUCUGGCCUAAUUUUUAUCAGGUGAUUUUUGAAGUGAUAACUUCUGGACAUCAAGGCUACCUCGCUAUUGAUGAAGUGAAGGUGUUAGGACAUCCAUGUACCAGAACUCCCCACUUCCUGCGGAUUCAGAACGUGGAGGUCAAUGCCGGCCAGUUUGCCACCUUCCAGUGCAGUGCCAUCGGCAGGACCGUGGCGGGCGACAGGCUGUGGUUGCAGGGCAUUGAUGUACGGGAUGCUCCUCUCAAGGAAAUAAAGGUGACCAGUUCCCGGCGGUUCAUCGCUUCAUUUAAUGUCGUGAAUACGACCAAACGAGACGCUGGAAAGUACCGCUGCAUGAUUCGCACCGAAGGAGGUGUUGGAAUCUCAAACUAUGCAGAAUUGGUAGUUAAAGAACCACCUGUUCCCAUCGCUCCCCCCCAGCUUGCCUCUGUGGGGGCAACCUACCUGUGGAUCCAACUCAAUGCCAACUCCAUCAACGGGGACGGACCCAUUGUUGCCCGAGAGGUGGAAUACUGCACAGCAAGUGGGAGCUGGAACGACCGACAGCCGGUGGAUUCCACCAGUUACAAAAUCGGGCACCUGGACCCGGACACGGAGUAUGAGAUCAGCGUGCUGCUCACCAGACCGGGGGAGGGUGGCACUGGCUCUCCCGGGCCCGCUCUCCGGACAAGGACAAAGUGUGCCGAUCCCAUGCGUGGCCCAAGAAAACUGGAAGUGGUCGAAGUGAAAUCUCGACAAAUCACCAUCCGCUGGGAGCCAUUCGGAUAUAAUGUGACUCGGUGCCACAGCUAUAACCUCACGGUCCACUACUGUUACCAGGCAGGAGGGCAGGAGCAAGUGCGGGAAGAAGUGAGCUGGGACAUGGAUAAUUCACACCCUCAACACACGAUCACCAACCUCUCACCAUAUACCAACGUCAGUGUGAAACUCAUCCUCAUGAAUCCUGAGGGACGGAAGGAAAGUCAAGAACUCAUAGUACAGACAGAUGAAGACUUGCCAGGCGCUGUUCCUACUGAAUCCAUCCAAGGAAGUACUUUUGAAGAGAAGAUAUUUCUUCAGUGGCGGGAACCAAUCCAAACAUAUGGUGUCAUCACAUUAUAUGAGAUCACCUACAAAGCAGUCAGUUCCUUUGACCCAGAAAUAGACUUAUCCAAUCAAAGUGGAAGAGUUUCAAAACUGGGAAAUGAAACGCAUUUUCUAUUCUUUGGACUGUAUCCGGGGACCACGUACUCCUUUACUAUCCGAGCUAGCACAGCUAAGGGAUUUGGACCUCCAGCCACAAAUCAGUUUACCACCAAAAUAUCAGCGCCCUCUAUGCCAGCUUAUGAACUGGAGGCCCCUUUGAAUCAAACGGACAAUACGGUGACAGUCAUGCUGAAACCCGCACACAGCCGGGGCGCACCUGUCAGUGUCUAUCAAGUAGUUGUUGAGGAAGAACGACCUCGAAGAACUAAAAAGACAACCGAAAUCUUAAAGUGUUACCCCGUGCCAAUUCACUUCCAGAAUGCAUCAAUAUUGAACUCGCAGUAUUACUUUGCUGCAGAAUUCCCAGCAAACAGUCUCCAAGCUGCUCAACCUUUUACUAUUGGUGAUAAUAAGACAUACAACGGAUACUGGAACACUCCCCUUCUCCCCCAUAAAAGCUACAGAAUUUAUUUCCAAGCUGCUAGUAGAGCCAAUGGGGAAACCAAAAUAGACUGUGUCCGAGUGGCCACAAAAGCCGCGAUAAUCGUGACUCAGCUUACAACACCUUACAUUCGCAUCGCCCCUGCUGCAGGCGACGACCAGCUGACAGGAGCUGCCACCCCGAAGCCAGUUCCAGAACCCGAGAAGGAAACAGACCAUACAGUCAAAAUUGCUGGAGUCAUUGCUGGCAUCUUGCUGUUCGUUAUUAUAUUCCUUGGAGUUGUGUUGGUAAUGAAGAAAAGUUUACAGAAGAAAAGCGUCAGAGGAUGGAAACUAGCCAAGAAGCGGAAGGAGACGAUGAGCAGCACCCGGCAGGAGAUGACCGUGAUGGUGAACUCAAUGGACAAGAGCUAUGCUGAGCAAGGCACCAACUGUGACGAGGCCUUCUCAUUCAUGGACACGCACAACCUGAACGGGAGAUCUGUGUCUUCACCAUCAUCCUUUACAAUGAAAACGAAUACACUGAGCACAUCGGUGCCCAAUUCCUACUACCCAGACCCAUUUGUGCCAACUGCAAUUUUAGUGCCAAUAAAUGAUGAAAGCCACACCAUGGCCAGCGACACCAGCAGCCUGGUGCAGUCCCACACUUACAAGAAGCGCGAGCCGGCCGACGUGCCCUACCAGACUGGGCAGCUUCACCCCGCCAUCCGCGUGGCAGACCUGCUCCAACACAUCACACAGAUGAAGUGUGCUGAGGGCUACGGCUUCAAGGAGGAGUACGAGAGUUUCUUUGAAGGGCAGUCUGCACCAUGGGACUCCGCGAAGAAAGACGAGAACAGAAUGAAGAACAGAUAUGGGAAUAUCAUUGCAUAUGAUCAUUCACGUGUGAGGCUGCAGACCAUAGAAGGAGAUACCAACUCCGACUACAUCAAUGGAAAUUAUAUUGAUGGUUAUCAUCGACCCAAUCAUUAUAUUGCCACCCAAGGACCAAUGCAAGAGACCAUCUAUGACUUCUGGCGGAUGGUGUGGCACGAAAAUACCGCAAGCAUCAUAAUGGUGACCAACCUCGUGGAAGUGGGAAGGGUCAAAUGCUGCAAAUACUGGCCAGAUGACACAGAGAUAUAUAAAGACAUUAAGGUUACCCUAAUAGAAACAGAACUACUGGCAGAAUAUGUGAUCAGAACAUUUGCUGUUGAAAAGGGAGGGGCCGGAAGUGAAGCAAACUGCAGUCCAUCCACAGAAGUGGCACAGAGAGGUGUUCAUGAAAUCCGAGAGAUCAGACAGUUCCACUUCACUGGCUGGCCAGAUCACGGGGUCCCCUAUCAUGCCACAGGGCUCCUGGGGUUCGUCCGGCAGGUCAAAUCCAAGAGCCCGCCCAACGCAGGCCCUUUGGUGGUGCACUGCAGUGCUGGUGCAGGGAGGACCGGCUGUUUCAUCGUCAUCGAUAUCAUGCUGGACAUGGCAGAAAGGGAAGGCGUGGUAGACAUCUAUAACUGCGUCCGGGAGCUGCGGUCGCGGAGAGUGAACAUGGUACAAACGGAGGAGCAGUAUGUGUUUAUCCAUGAUGCCAUCCUGGAAGCCUGUCUUUGUGGAGACACUUCUGUCCCUGCUUCCCAAGUUAGGUCUCUGUAUUAUGACAUGAACAAACUGGAUCCACAGACUAACUCCAGCCAGAUUAAAGAGGAGUUCCGGACCCUGAACAUGGUGACACCCACGCUGCGGGUGGAAGACUGCAGCAUCGCACUCCUGCCCCGGAAUCAUGAGAAGAACCGCUGCAUGGACAUCCUGCCCCCCGACCGCUGCCUGCCUUUCCUCAUCACCAUCGACGGGGAGAGCAGCAACUACAUCAACGCGGCCCUCAUGGACAGCUAUAAACAGCCUUCGGCUUUUAUAGUCACCCAGCAUCCUUUGCCAAACACGGUGAAAGACUUCUGGAGACUGGUCCUGGAUUAUCACUGCACGUCUGUGGUUAUGUUAAAUGAUGUGGAUCCUGCCCAGGUGAGACUCAUGCCCAGGGUCAAAUCUGUGUUUGUUCUGCUUUCGCAGUGA